CUAACAUAUCAAGGCGGAAGAAGGCCUAAAUGUCCAAAGCGUUUUCCAGUUCUGGGAUCAGAGAGCUCUGCUCGAUCUCCAUCUCGAUCUCGCGAGAAUACAGAAGCAGAGAUUAUACAGUUGCUAGUAUAAGUCAGAAUCAUGCCUUCUCAGAAGAUCGAGACUGGUCAUCAGGACAUGGUCCAUGAUGUUGCCAUGGAUUACUAUGGCAAGUGCCUUGCCACUGCCUCCUCUGACUCUACCAUCAAGGUCAUCACUGUUGGUAACGCCUCCUCCCCAUCUCAGCUUCUAGCCACUCUGAGUGGCCACCAAGGACCUGUGUGGCAGGUUGUAUGGGCCCAUCCCAAGUUCGGCUCCAUUCUUGCCUCCUGCAGCUAUGAUAGCCGUGUGAUCAUCUGGAAGGAAGGCACCACCCCAAACCAGUGGGUGCAGGCCCAUGUGUUCACUGACCACAAAUCGUCAGUCAAUUCGAUUGCCUGGGCUCCUUAUGAGCUCGGCCUUUGCCUUGCCUGUGGGUCCUCAGAUGGGUCUAUAUCAGUCUUUACUGCUCGAUCUGAUGGCGGUUGGGAUACAACAAGGAUUGAAAUGGCACAUCCAGUUGGCGUCACCUCUGUCUCGUGGGCGCCAGCAACACCCCCUGGCUCACUUAUUGGGUUGGGGGAGCUUACAUAUAAGCUUGCAUCUGGUGGUUGUGACAACACAGUUAAGGUUUGGAGAUUGUACAAUGGGAGCUGGAAACUGGACUGUUCUCCUGCCCUUCAGAUGCACACGGAUUGGGUGAGGGAUGUGGCCUGGGCCCCAAAUUUAGGCCUUCCAAAGUCGACCAUGGCAAGUGCUUCACAGGACGGUACAGUGGUCAUAUGGACAUUGGCAAAGGAGGGGGAGCAGUGGGAGGGUAAGGUUCUAAAUGAUUUCAAGAACCCUGUCUGGAGGGUGUCAUGGUCAUUGACUGGGAAUAUAUUGGCUGUGGCUGAUGGCAAUAACAAUGUUACACUGUGGAAAGAGGCGGUGGAUGGUGAGUGGCAGCAGGUGACAACAGUUGAGCCAUAGGAGACUCAGGUUCCUAUUCAGAUGUCUAAUGCGUUGCAUUAUUCCGCAUGAUGUCUUUUGCAGGGAGAAAAGGGGAGCUUAGGUUUUAGCAUUGCAAUCUUAAACCUUAUGACCAGUGGAUCGUUCUCUUCUGCAUUUAUAUGGGAUACCGACUAAAAAGUCUCCAAUGCAGAAGCAUAGGAAACUCAUGGGAGAUGAGCCCUUGUCUUUGGCUAUGGUUAUUUGUUUUCUACGUCCACAUUCUCAGAGCCAGCCAGGGGCAAUCUUCGGUUGUUGAUAUAUUAGGCCACAAUCCAAUGAUCUCAGCUGUUCUCAGUUUUAUAUACUCCCAGGAUAAUGUCACUUCUUAUUGUCGAGUGACUAUUGACCUCAUUUUUAAUUGCCUUUGCUGGAUAUGUUGAUCUAUGAAUGGUUUCUUCAUUGUGGCUUUAGCCUUUUCUCCCCAGUAUGACUUCUUGAUGACAAAUUGCAUUAGAACACCCUGCCGUGGUGUACCCACAUGCAUGGAAUAACAUCUCCAUUUAUGCUUA